GCUGUGGGGUUGGACGACACGAGCAGGAGAAUCAGAUGGAAGCAAGGACCCUCCUCUUCUCCUUGGAGGAGAUACCAUUGAUCGACACGAAGCAAGAGAUGGCUGCACUCCUGCAAGGGGAUUAACUGUUUUUUUCUUUCGCUUUUUUUCUUUCGUUUUGUCGGCGGGAGGUUUUUCUUUUGGAUGCACCUUUAUUUUGCCUUUUGUUUUUGUUUUUUCCUCUCUUUUUUCUCUUCUUUUUUGAACGGGAGGGGGAUGCGGGAGGUGUUGUUUCAUCCCUUCCUUCUUCUUCUCCUCGUGGGUGGAUGGGCUGACAGGAUAGCGAUGGAAGGAGAGAAGAACGUGUGGCGAUGGGCUGAGAUGCUGUUGCUCCCAAACUUGUUCGAUCGGUGAGAAUAGCGGAGGGCGGAUAUAGCUCAGUUGCUGUACCUAGCCAGACGAGGAAACCAAGAAACCGCAAGAACGGGGCGAGAUGCGGCGGAAGAAUUUGAAGUGGCGGUGGGGUGGGUUUGGCAGUGGUGGCGGCGCGUAGACAAUUCGUCUAGUUAGUGCUCACCUGGUGGCAGGAGGUGCUGCGGUGAGAUAUCAUGAUGAUGGCAGUGGAGGCGGUGGAGGUGGUGGGAGUAGGUAGAGUAGUUAGUGGGUGAUGAUCCUUCGUGCUGCUCAGUGCUGCUUGCUGCUGGUUGACGCUCUCGAGCUCAUCC